CUGAGCCCAGUCCACAACUCACCGACUCCACAUCCUCUAAGAAAACACGGAGGAGCUUCUUGUCAAACGUCAUAAACCGGCUCAAAUCAACGGCCAUGAUUUCACCACCACGCGCAACAGCGCUACUUUUCGUCCUUCUCGCCACCACCGUACCGCAACCCGUAAACUCCCUCUCUUACUUUCACUAUAAAACCUUAGUCUCCCUCUCCCAUUCCCUCCUAACGCGCGUGGCCAACUUACGCGCCGCACGUGGGGACGCGGCUGGCUCGAACCGUGCGCGGCUCAUCGCUGACAAGCUCGACCGAUUGCAAGGGGUAGGGUUUUGGGGCGCGGCGUGGACGGUAGGAUGGGACUACAUUUGGAACUACUCCUGGAGGAGGGAUUUGGAUUAUGGGGAAAUCUAUGGCGUCGUAGCGGAUUUGAACCAGUUAGGGAGGUUGCUGGGCGAGUUGACUCGGUCCAACUCGGAGAUGGAGAGGGCUGGCUGGAUCGCUCGGAAUUAUGGAAACACCCUCGCGGUUUCGAAACGGAUGUUUAACCGCCUUCUCAAAGUAUUUAAAAAAUCGGGGGCAUUAAGGGAAGUUAUUGAAACGAUUCGUAACGAAGUAUUGGAAGGAGGUUUAUUGAAGGACUGCUUGGAAUUAGGGAGUAAUGAUUUGAAAGGAUUGGUUCAAAUUAUCAAGGAUUUUGCUUCACACUAUUCUUCUGCUUCUGAUUAUUCCCAGGAGUUGUGAUUCAAAAGGACGACAUAACUGAAGCCAACUGUAAUCUUUUUUCUGGUUUGAAGUGUUUCAACUUUCCAACCAAUAAAAACAAUGUGAUUAGGACAAAGAAUGCCAUGAAAUGAAAUCCCAAACAGAUGUUUAAACUUUAAAUUGCUUAAUUGAUUUUCCUUUUGGCCUGAGAAUUGGAGAUGCUGCUGCCUGCCCAUGUUUUACUAAAAUAAAACCUCUUGAAGAUCAUUUGUUAUCUUGGUCUGAAGGAUAAAUUGAUGCACAUAAUCAUAUGUCAAUAAUAUACCAAAGACAUGCUUCAUUUGCAUAGGUAGAUAAGCAGCAGCGUUACGAAGUGAUGCCAACUUGAUUCACUGGUUGGAGAUAUGAUCAUAUGUUAAAAAAUUAUUCAUUAUUUACAGCAUAAAUUCUUAAAAAUCACAAUACAAUGCCACAUAUGCUUCACACAUUUCUAACUAAGCUAACACAUAAAUACGAUCAGUUAUAAAUCUAGUCACACUUAAACAAUCUAUUUGCUGACAAUGUAAAAUAAUAUCAACUCAAGUUACAGUUGUCAAUAAUGAAAACCAAUUAGUGGCAACAUGCCGUGAGAGUCGGUGAUGACUAAACAAGAUCAAGUUUUUUGCAUUUAGUGUAGAGUUUCUGGUUGAGAUGAGUGAAAGGCAAAGCAAAGAAACACACGUUUAAGAAAAAGAGGAAAGAAGAUAAAUUUGCUUCGUGUUUUUAAAAAAAGUGUUUGAGGGUAAACAAAAAUAAAUGUCAAGCAAAUUAUUUGCUGAGUAAG